AUGGAAGCUGCCGGAACCCCUCAUUCCUCACAAUGCCUUGCACUACUGGGUGGAACAGGCCACACUGGUCGAUUGGUCUUACGCAAUCUUCUGACAAGCGGAAACAACCAGAUGGAACUUCACGUCUACGUCCGAUCAAAGGAAAAGCUAAUCGCGCUUUUCCCGGAUAUCUUAUCGGAUGCCAGGGUGACCAUUUUCAAAGGCAAUAUUCAGGAUGACGGUCUCAUGCAACGAUGUCUCUCGGGGGUCGAUACAAUCAUCUGCACACUGGGGGAGAACGAAAAUAUCCCAGGGAUCCGUGUGAUGCAAGAUUUUGCGCGGUCCGCUUUGGAAGCUUUGAAAUCUUUCAAAGACAAUAGCUCACACUGGAAGCCUCGACGGCUCAUUUUGCUCUCCUCUGCCACGUGGAAUAAACGCUUCGCCGACAGUCGACCAGCAAUUUUACACUGGAUGAUCCGAAAUACCUUUGCCCAAUCAUAUGAAGAUCUUGUGAAAGCCCAGAAGCUCUUGAAAGCCUCGCCGUCGCUUUUAUCUAUACUUUUGGUUCAGCAUAACGCUCUAGUCGACGAAGCGGCCUCCGGGUGCGAGGUCAGCACUGAAUUCGCCUAUAUGGCGGUUUCUUAUGAAGACCUUGCGGAUGGUUUCGUCAAGCUAGCCAGUGAUCCUAUGUACACGAAUAUUGAUGCCGUUGGGGUGUCAAGUCGAAGUGCGGAAAAUGGAUUGCGAUAUUUUCCCUUCGUUUUCACUAAGGUCCUUCGGGGUCUCAUGUGUCAAUUCAUUCCAGGGUACUGUCGAGCUGAAUAUGUAAUUUACCAGUGGUUACAAACUUUGAAAGAGAAAUCUAAGAAGUCGUGA